AACAGCAGAAGCAGCACAAUGAACAAGCUAGACGACAAUGCACUGUCUCGGAUGUUAGCCUCGUACCGUGACCCUACAACCACCAAAAAGGACGUUACAAACGCGUUGCGAAUCUAUCAUGGAUUGCAGCAUCGGAUGGAAGAGUACGUGUUCAACGAUGGCAAUACGAAAAUGUUACUCAACCUGCACGGCACCAUACCGGUCAAGUAUAAGGGCAACACGUACAACAUUCCCAUUUGCAUCUGGCUAAUGGACACACACCCGAAGAAUGCACCUAUUUGCUACGUAAAACCGACGUCCGAUAUGCGCAUUAAGGUGUCGGCGUAUGUUGAUUUCAAUGGGAAGAUCUAUCUGCCCUAUCUGCAUGAUUGGAAUCCGAAAAAUGCCGAUUUGUUGGAUCUGAUUCAAAUUAUGAGCGUUACGUUUGGCGAAGAGCCUCCAGUGUAUUCGAAAGGACCACAAACGACGUAUUCGCAGCCAUCAUAUAUGCCACCGACACCGGCCACGAGUACCUCGUACAUGACACCGUACCCAACACAACAGUUUAGCCCGUACCCAGCGGCAGGAUCAGGGUACAAUAGCUACGGACCGCCUGCACCCGGUGCCGCCGGACCCGGAUAUGUAAUGCCUUACGGAAUGACGCCCUAUCCACCAGCACCGGGAACAAUCGGAGGACCAACACCGGCCGUGGUAAGGGAUGAAGGAUAAAAAAGAGCCGCUUCCAAGCGAGAUUCCAAAUUAAUUGACGCACUCUUUUCCCACAACCAGGGUACCGGUACGAUCACGGAGGAACACAUCCGAGUAUCACUAAUAAGUGCGGUAGAAGAUAAGCUGAAACGUCGGGUGCAGGAAAAAGUUAACCAAUGUCAGGCUGAGGUGCAGACACUGAAGCGCACGCAGCAGGAACUAAACGAGGGCCAGGUCAAGAUUAAGGAGAUACUUGCACGGCUCGAACGGGACGAAAAGGAACUGACGAAGAGCAUCACCGUGCUGAAGGACAAGGAAAAGGAGCUGGAACGUGCUUUGGAGUCGUUGGACAAUGUGGAAUCGAUUGAUGUCGAUGAAGCGGUCACUACCACUGCCCCACUUUACAAACAGUUAUUGAACGCAUACGCCGAAGAAGCGGCCAUCGAGGACGCAACCUACUUCAUGGGUGAAGCGCUCCGUAGCGGUGUGAUUGAUUUGGAAGUGUUCCUGAAGCAGAUACGGCAACUAUCCCGUAAGCAGUUCAUGUUGCGUGCCCUUAUGCAAAAGUGUCGACAAAAGGCGGGCUUUAGCGUUUAAUUCG